AUAAGGUAACACUUUAAUUAUCGAUAAGAUCGGGUAGUCGAAAUAUUGACGCCGCACACGAUCGAGAAAGCACUGCUCAAAUGGAAUCUAAAAUGAACAGGCUACAGCCAGAGUUUUCCAAACUCUUGAAGAACAAAAAAUUCUCCGAUUGUAAUAUUGAGGUGGAAAAGGAAUCCUUUGAAUGCCACAAAGUUAUUUUGGCCAGUGCAUCGGAGUUCUUUGAGCGCAUGUUUCUCAGUGAUUUCAAGGAGUCCCAAUCGGGAAAAUUUGUCCUAACUGAUGUCAAGCCAGAAACAUUUGCCCAUUUCCUCCAUUAUGUGUACACCUACGAUGCAAACACUCUUGAAAAGCACACCUGGCUCCACCUGGCUCGUGGAGUCUCUCGUCUCCGAUGGCGUGGAGACUAUAAAGGGAAAAAUAACCACACUGGAUAUCGGCGAUCUUCUCGGAGUUUUCCAGAAAGCUCACGACAUAAUGAAUGAGAAGCUCAUCGGUCUUUGCGUCCAAGAAAUACAGAAAUGCUUUUCCCAAAGAAUGAAUUGCUACGAAGUUCUGUUCCUAACUUCAGAUGUCUUCGAGCAGUACCUCAUUAUCACCGAGGGGUGUUUGCCUCAGAUCGAGAGGUUCAAAAUGAUGCAGACUUACCUAACCGUUAAUGGGUUAAUAGACAAUGGGGCGGUCAAUGGUGUUGUUGGUCAAGUGGAACUUCCGGAAACUACCAAUAAAGACGGCGGACAAAUAGAGAAGAAAGAAGGUGAAUCUGAUGAUAAGGAUUGCUCUGAAUCUAAUGGUAAACCCCUAACUUGCAAGGCGAUUCUCGAUACAAACGAGAAGAAAGCACAUGAAGUGGCCAUCCCAGAAGAGCCAAAGGACAAACUCAUACACCAAGAAUAUGUAAAAACUCUAUUGGGCCAUAUAAAAUUCGGUAGUAUGUCGAAAAAAGAUUUUUACAGCGUAGUUGGCAAGUCUGGUUUGUUGAACGACAAGGAAAAAUACGAAUAUCUCUACCUAACCCAAUAAACCAAUACAAAAAUGUA